GUUAGGGAAGCCCAAAUCAAUAUACUGUUCUCCAACCUUAUCAACCCAUGUCUAGAAGCCCAUUUAUCGGAGUCGGUCAUAAAUACAUAUUACUUUAAUACUUUAAAGCGUAAUAUAUGCUUAUAUUUCCUCACUCGCAAAAAAAAAAACAUUCAAGACAGGACCGCGUGCUUCGGAUGGGACUAAACUUCUUCUGAGACAUAACGAUGCUGUGAAACAAAGCACACCUUUCUACAAGGUGAGCGCAUCAACCUAAGCCAAUCCCCUCAGAGCAUCUACGCCGGACGCCGUGAAGAUGGACACAAAGGAGCGGCGGCACUGCUCCCUGACCCGGGGCCGCUGCAGGAAGGACUUCCACCAUGCUAUGGCAUCCCGGGAGCCCGAGGAGUGCCGCGUGGCCACCCAGAAGUCCUACAGCUCCAGCGAGACGCUCAAGGCCUACGACCCCGACACGCGCCUGCGCUACGGGGGCUGUGUGGCAGAGCUGGUGCAUCACGAACAUGAGGAGUAUGUCCGUCAAGGGAGCUUCACACUGGCGGAGCUGGGAGUGAGUGACCAACAGGCCCAGCACCAGCACCAGACCCAGCACCAGACCCAGCAUCAGCAUCAGCACCAGACCCAGCACCUGCACCAGGCUGCCUACCACUCCUCCCACUCGGAGCUGGGCCUGUUACAGCAGGGCUACUCCCUCAGCACCGGCUCCGACGCAGACUCUGACCCAGAGGGGGUCAUGUCGCCGGAGCGUGCCGUUCAGCUGUGGGGGGGUCACGGGAUCAAGUCCCGUCGCAGCUCCGGCCUCUCCAGCAGGGAAAACUCAGCCCUCACACUCACCGACUCAGACAACGAACACAAGUCUGACGACGAGUCAGCAUACUUCGAUGAUGAAGGGGAUGAUGAGGAUGAGGAGGAUCUGUACAGUCACCACCGUUUCAGUCCUCCCAACAACCACCACAGUCAGUCUCUGCGGCCGCCACUCCCUCCUCCUCACAACCACCACCAGUCAUCGGCCAACUCCCUGAACCGCAACACCCUGGCCAGCCGCCGCGGCCAAACCCAUGCCCCCUCGACGGCCCCCGGGGAGGGCCCCUCCACACCAGAGUCAGUCCAGCUCCAGGAAAGCUGGGCGCUGAACAGCAGCGUGCCCCUGGAGACCAGGCACUUCCUGUUUAAAACCCCGUCCGGGACCACUCCCCUGUUCAGCAGCUCGUCUCCAGGGUACCCCCUGACGUCUGGGACCGUCUACUCCCCCCCACCGCGGCUGCUACCCAGAAACGCCUUCUCCAGGAGCUCCUUCAAGCUGAAUAAACCCUCCAAGUACUGCAGCUGGAAAUGUGCUGCCGUGUUGGCCAUCGCUGCUGCCGUCCUGCUGGCCGUGCUGCUCUCCUACUUCAUAGUUCUGAAUCUGCUGGGGCUCAACUGGCAGCUGAAACCGGCCGAUGGUCACCUGAUCAACAACGGACUGAGCACUGGCCUGCCGGGCAGGAGCGACGUGGCAACAGUGCCCUCCGGAGGCAGAGGACCAUGGGUGUACAGGAACAGUAGUAUAAGUACAGGUGAGCUGGAGGUAGGUCGGCGGGUGAGCCAGGACAUCCCCCCAGGAGUUUUUUGGCGCUCCUUACUACACCUCCGCCAGCCCCUGUUCCUCAAGUUCAACAUCUCCCUGGGCAAAGAUGCACUCUUUGGGGUGUACAUCCGCAAGGGUCUGCCCCCGUCCCAUGCACAGUAUGACUACAUGGAGCGUCUGGACGGGAAGGAGAAGUGGAGUGUGGUGGAGUCUCCUCGGGAGCGCCGCAGCAUCCACACGGUGGUUCUGAACGAGGCCAUCUUUGUUCAAUACCUGGAUCCUGGCACCUGGCAUCUGGCCUUCUACAACGACGGCAAGGACAAGGAGUCUGUCUCCUUCAGCACCGUGGCUCUAGAUUCAGUGCAAGAAUGCCCGCAGAAUUGCCAUGGAAACGGAGAGUGCAUGUCGGGUGUGUGCCACUGCUUUCCAGGAUUCCAUGGCAUGGAUUGUGCCAAAGCUGCCUGCCCGGUCUUGUGCAGUGGCAAUGGCCAGUAUGACAAGGGCUCGUGUAUCUGCUACAGCGGAUGGAAGGGUUCAGAGUGUGACGUCCCAGUGGGCCAGUGUAUUGACCCAGUUUGUAACGGCCGUGGCACCUGCUCCGAGGGCUCCUGCACGUGCUCUGCAGGUUACCGCGGCGACACCUGCGAGGAAGUUGACUGUCUUGACCCAGGCUGCUCUGACCAUGGUACCUGUGUGAGUGGGCAGUGCCACUGUAAGCCAGGCUGGGCCGGCCCGCUCUGUGAGCAUCCCAGGGCCCAGUGCCCAGACCAGUGCCACGGACACGGUGCCUUCAUACCCGACACAGGCAUCUGUAGCUGCGACCCAAACUGGAUGGGACCAGACUGCUCCAUGGAGGUGUGCUCGUCGGACUGUGGCGCCCACGGCCUGUGUGUUGGCGGUGUGUGUCGCUGUGAGGAGGGCUGGACAGGCACCGGGUGUGACCAGCGUGUCUGCAAUCCGCUGUGUGUGAAGCACGGGACAUGCCGGGAUGGGAAGUGUCAGUGCCAACAGGGCUGGAACGGAGAGCACUGCACCAUCGACGGGUGCCCGGGCCUCUGUAACGGGAAUGGCCAAUGCACCCUGGGACAGAACAACUGGCACUGUGAAUGCCACACUGGCUGGAGAGGACCUGGCUGCAGCGUUGCCAUGGAGAUCUCCUGUGCUGACAACAAGGACAACGAAGGAGACGGACUGACAGACUGCAUGGAUCCCGACUGCUGCACUCAGAGUCUGUGCCUGACCAAUCCACUGUGUCUGGGAGCAAGGGAUCCACUGCAGAUCAUCCAGCAAAGUCAAUCACCAUCCCUGAAAGUCCGGUCAUUCUAUGACAGGGUCAAGCUACUGGUGGGGAGGGAUGGCACCCACAUCAUCCCUGGAAACAACCCCUUCAACUCAAGCCUGGCAUCGUUGAUCAGAGGCCAGGUCCUGACCACGGACGGGACUCCCCUGGUAGGGGUUAAUGUGACAUUUGUCAAGUACCCUCACUAUGGUUACACCCUGACUCGACAGGACGGCACAUUUGACCUGGUGGCCAAUGGGGGUGCGUCUCUGACCCUGCACUUCGAGCGAGCGCCGUUCUUGAGCCAAGAGCGCACGGUGUGGCUGCCCUGGAACCGGUUCUAUGCCAUGGACACGCUGGUACUGAAGACGGAGGAGAACACCAUCCCAGCCUGUGACCUCAGUGGCUACGUCCACCCUGACCCCGUGGUGGUGGCCUCACCCCUCUCCUCCUUCUUCAGCUCCCAUCCUGCAGAGAGGCACAUCAUCCCUGAGACUCAGGUGGUUCAUGAGCAGCUAGAGAUCCCAGGUACAGGUCUGAAGCUGUGCUACCUGAGCUCUCGUGCUUCGGGGUACCACGCCCUGCUGAAGGUGACCAUGACUCAGACCCUGGUGCCCCUCUCCCUGGUCAAGGUGCACCUGAUGGUGGCCGUGGAGGGGCACCUCUUCCAGAAGUGGUUCCACGCCUCUCCUAACCUGGCCUACUCCUACAUCUGGGACAAGACGGACGCCUACAGGCAGAGGGUCUAUGGGCUGACCCAGGCUGCUGUGUCAGUGGGGUUUGAGUAUGAGACGUGUCCCAGUCUGAUCCUAUGGGAGAAGAGGACAGCGGAGCUGCAGGGUUACGAGCUGCUACCGUCCAACCUGGGGGGCUGGUCCCUGGACAAACACCACGCCCUCAACAUUGCCAGUGGGAUCCUGCAUAAGGGCAGUGGGGAGAACGUGUUUGUAUCAGAGCAGCAGCCUCCAGUCAUCAACAGCAUCAUGGGGAACGGGCGCAGGCGCAGUAUCUCUUGCCCCAGCUGCAGUGGUUUGGCUGAAGGCAACAAGCUGCUGGCCCCCGUGGCGCUGGCCUGUGGGGGGGACGGCAGCCUGUAUGUGGGAGACCUCAACUUCGUCCGCCGGGUCUACCCCACUCUGAACACCACAGCCGUGCUGGAGCUGAGAAAUAAAGACUUGAGGCAUGGGAACAACCCAACACACAAGUACUAUCUAGCGGUGGACCCGCUGUCUGGGUCGGUCUUUCUCUCGGACACCAACUCUCGACAAAUCUACCGCGUGCGCUCACUGACCGGCGGGCGGCAGUUGUUGGACAAUGCCCAGGUGGUGGCUGGGACCGGCGAGCAGUGUGUCCCCUUCGACGAGGCCCGCUGUGGGGACGGGGGCAAGGCCGCGGAGGCCACACUCAUGAGCCCUAGGGGGAUCACGGUGGAUAAGAACGGCCUAAUGUACUUUGUUGACGCCACCAUGAUCCGUAGGGUGGACCAAAAUGGCAUCAUCUCUACCGUGAUCAAGACCAAUGACCUCACAGCGGUCCGUCCACUCAGCUGUGACUCCAGCAUGGACGUCAGUCAGGUGCGUCUGGAGUGGCCCACAGACCUGGCGGUGAACCCCACAGACAACUCCCUGUACGUGCUAGAGAACAACGUGAUCCUCCGCAUCACAGAGAACCACCAGGUCAGCAUCAUCGCUGGGAGGCCCAUGCACUGCCAGGUCCCGGGCAUCGACUACUCCCUGAGCAAGCUGGCCAUCCACUCUGCCCUGGAGAGCGCCACGGCCAUCGCCAUCUCCCACACCGGUGUGCUCUACAUCGCCGAGACGGACGAGAAGAAGAUCAACCGCGUGCGGCAGGUCAGCGCCUCCGGAGAGACCUCUCUGCUGGCCGGCGCCACCUCCGAGUGCGACUGCAAGAACGACGUCAACUGCCAGUGCUUCUCUGGCGACGAGGGCUACGCCACAGACGCCGGGCUCAACGCCCCCACCUCGCUCGCUGUGUCUCCCGACGGCACGCUGUUCAUCGCUGACCUCAACAACAUCCGUGUGCGGGCAGUGCGGCGCGACAGGCCCGUGGCCACGCCAGUGGGGCUAUAUGAGGUGGGGUCACCCCGGGAGCAGGAGCUGUAUGUGUUCAGUAGAGAUGGGCUCCACAGACAGACAGUCAGUCUGAUCACCGGGGAACCUCUCUAUAACUUCACCUACGGGCCGGACAUGGAGCUGGCUGCUGUUGCUGAUAACUGUAACAACACCCUGAGGGUGAGGAGAGACGGAUCUGGCCAGCUGAGGCUGGUGCUGUUGCCUGAGAACCAGGUGGUCACCCUGGGGUUGGACCCUGCCGGUGGCCUGCGCUCCGUAUCUGCCCUCAACCAGGAGGUGGCGGUGAUGAGCUAUGCUGCGAACACGGGCCUGCUGGCCUCCAAGGCUGAUGAGACUGGAUGGACCAACUUUUAUGAGUAUGACAGUGAGGGGCGUCUGACUAACGUCACCUACCCCACGGGAGUGGUGACCAGCCUGCACCGGGAGAUAGACCAGUCAAUCAACAUCGACAUGGAGAGCUCCAACAGGGAUGAUGAUGUCACCGUCAUCACCAACCUGUCCUCUGCGGAGGCGUCCUACACUGUGGUGCAAGACCAAGUACGGAACAACUACCAGUUCUGUUACAAUGGUACUCUAAGAGUAUCGUAUGCCAAUGGUAUGGGCCUCAGCUUCCACACAGAGCCCCAUAUUCUAGCCGGCUCAGUCAGCCCUACCAUUGGUCAGCGCAACAUCAGUCUGCCCACUGACAGCGGGCUGAACUCUAUCGAGUGGAGGAUGAGGAAGGAACUCAUCAAGAGCAAAGUGACCGUCUAUGGCAGGAAGCUGAGAGCCCAUGGCAGGAACCUCCUCUCCAUUGAUUUUGACCGCAACACUCGCACAGAGAAGAUCUAUGACGACCACCGUAAGUUCACGCUGAGGAUCAUGUAUGACCAGCAGGGCCGUCCAGCCACCUGGCUUCCCAGCAGCAGCCUGGCUGUGGUCAACGUGUCCUACUCCCCCACUGGACGCCUAGUGGGCCUGCAGAGAGGCAGCAUGAGCCAGAGGAGCGAGUUUGACACCUUCGGACGCAUCCUCUCACGCACCUUUGUGGAUGGCAAGGUGUGGAGCUUCAGCUAUCUGGACAGGUCCAUGGUGCUGCACCUCCAGCAGAGUCAGAGGCAGUAUGUGUUUGAGUUUGACACCUCGGGGCGUAUCAUCUCCGUCACCAUGCCCAGCAUGGCCAGACACACCAUGUCCACCCACGUGUCCAUCGGCUACAUCCGCAACAUCUACAACCCUCCCGAGAGCAACGCCACAGUCAUCCACGACUUCAGCGAAGACGGGCGACCCCGCGCCACCUUUUACCUAGGCACGGGUCGACGCGUCAUCUAUAAGUAUGGCAAGCUGGCCAAGCUGUCUGAGGUUCUGUACGACGGCACAGCUGUGACGUUUGGCUACGACGAGACAGCCGGAGUGUUGAAGAUGGUUAACCUGCAGAGUGGGGGAUUCUCCUGCACCAUCCGCUACCGUAAAGUUGGCCCCCUAGUGGACAAACAGAUGUACCGCUUCUCUGAGGAGGGCAUGGUUAACGCCCGUUUUGAUUACACCUACCACGACAACAGCUUCCGUGUGGCCAGCAUCAAGCCUGUGAUCGGCGAGACGCCCCUGCCCGUGGACCUCUACCGCUACGAUGAGAUCUCAGGCAAGGUGGAGCACUUUGGCAAGUUUGGCAUUAUCUACUAUGACGUCAACCAGAUAAUCACAACGGCAGUGAUGACCCUCAGCAAGCACUUUGACGCCCACGGCCGCAUCAAAGAGGUGCAAUACGAGAUCUUCCGCUCGCUCAUGUACUGGAUGACGGUACAGUAUGACAGCAUGGGCCGGGUCAUCAAGAGAGAGCUUAAGAUCGGGCCAUACGCUAACACGACACAGUACCGCUAUGAAUAUGACGGUGACGGCCAGCUUGUCGGGGUCAAAGUCAACGACUGGUCCACCUGGCGUUACAGCUACGACCUGAACGGCAACUUGCACCUGCUGAACCCUGGGAACAGCGCGCGCCUGCUACCGCUGCGCUACGACCUGCGCGACCGCAUCACCCGCCUGGGCGACAUGCAGUACCGCGUGGAUGAGGACGGCGUCCUGAGCCAGCGCGGCGCUGACGUCUUCCUCUACAACUCCAACGGGCUGCUGGAGCAGGCGUACAGCCGUACGCCCAGGGGGUGGAACGUACGUUACCGCUAUGAUGGCCUGGGCCGCCGCAUCUCCAGGAAGACCAAUGAGGGAGAGCACCUGCAGUUCUUCUACGCAGAUCUCAACUACCCCGGCAGGAUAACCCACGUGUACAACCACUCUGGAGGGGAGAUCACCUCUUUCUACUACGACCUGCAGGGCCAUCUGUUUGCCAUGGAGGUGACCGGCGGGGAGGAGUAUUACAUCGCCUCGGACAACACGGGCACGCCGCUCGCCGUGUUCAGCAGCAACGGACAGAUGGUCAAGCAGCUCCAGUACACUGCCUACGGGGAGGUGUACCACGACUCCAACCCUGACUUCAACAUGGCGGUGGGCUUCCACGGAGGGCUCUACGACCCCCUCACUAAGCUGGUGCACUUUGGCCAGAGAGACUACGAUGUGCUGGCAGGCAGAUGGACUGCUCCAGACCAUAAACUCCUACCUAAGAUUGGCAAGGAGCCAUCCCCGUUCAAUCUGUACAUGUUCAAGAACAACAACCCACUCAGUGACAUGAUAGACGUCAAGAGCUAUGUGACAGAUGUGAAGAGCUGGCUGGUGAUGUUCGGUUUCCAGCUCAGUAACAUCAUACCAGGCUUCCCCAGACACCCCAUGUAUUUUGUUGAGCCGCCUUAUGAACUACUAGCAAGCCAGGACUGUGAGACUGCUCAGCUGAUCACAGGGGUGCAGCAUGCAGCGGAGCGCUAUAACCAGGCCUUCAUGGCCCUGGAGGGGAGGUUGCUCAACAAGGAGCACCGGACCAACCGGGACAAGCCUGGGUACUGGUUCGGCACCAAGAUCCCCAUCGUGGGCCGGGGCAUGAUGUUAGCCAUCAAGGAGGGCCAUGUGGUGACGGGAGUGUCCGGCCUGGCCAGCGAGGACAGCCGUAAGGUUGCCCAAGUCCUGAACAACGCCAUCUAUCUGGAGGGAACCCACUACACCGUAGACGGGAAGGACUGCCACUUCUUUGUGAAGCUGGGCCUGGCUGACAGUGACCUGCUGUCUCUAGGACUGAGCAGUGGGAGGAAAGCCCUGGAGAAUGGCGUCAACGUGACCGUAAGCGGCCGCUCUCGUCGGGGCGUCACCGUGGAGAUCCACACGGUAGCGUUGUCCCUGAGUGUACGUUACGGCCUGGCGGCUGACGUGCUGGAGAAGGAACGGGGUCGCCUGCUGGAGCAGGCCCACCAGAGGGCCCUGUCGGGGGCCUGGAUAAGGGAGCAGCAGUGUCUGAGAGAAAGCAGAGAGGGUGGGAGGCUGUGGGCAGAGGGAGAGAGGCAGCAGCUCCUAGCAGCAGGGAAGGUGCCAGGUUACGAUGGGUACUAUGUGCUGCCUGUGGAGCAGUACCCAGAACUGGCAGACAGCAGCAGCAACAUCCAGUUCCUCAGACAGAAGGAGAUGGGCAAGAGGUAACAGAGUACAAUACAACACAGCCCCUCUGACACUUAAUCUCCUAGGGAGAGUAAACAUGGGGUUUCCCUGGCAGUGCUGCAGGGGCAUCUGAGAGGACACAAUCUCACAAAACAGAUGUCUUGCUGAAGGCAAAAACAACGCCUGAAUGAGUUCAGACUAUGAAUUAAAAAAGCACCCUUAACUACUGAUGAUAUGAACUGUACAGACUUUUUUUAUGUGGAAAAAAAUGGAAAAUAUUUUUCACUCUUUUUUGAGGGAUUGGUAUUGAUGCCAGUGAGGUUAACUGCUAUUCCAACAGCUUAUCAGACGUAUCCGACCCAACGCAGACAAUGACAACACAGUCGAGGCUUUUAUUUCUAAUGGCUAAACAACUCUUGAACUGUCUCAGGCCACCAUCUGAAGAACAUAGAGCCAUCACUUGCCAACAUCAUCAUAACCAUGAGCAAUGUUUAAGGACGCUCAAUUGUUCUUCAUUCAGAGUA